AUGGUCUACACAGUCAGAUGGGGAAUCCUUGCAACGGGUUGGAUUGCUGAAAAAUUUGCCGGCGAUCUUCUGAAAGACCCGAGCACACGCAACACCAGAGAUGUAGCCCACGUCGUGGCGGCGGUCGCAUCAUCUUCAGGCAAAGACCGUGCCGAACGCUUUUGUCGCGAUCUCGGUAUCUCCGAAGCCUGCGCUAUUUACGGCUCCUAUAGGGAGCUUGUAAACGACACCAACGUCGAUAUUGUCUACGUCGCAAGUCCACAUUCGCAUCACUUCCAACAUACGAUGCUGGCUCUCGAGGGCGGCAAGCAUGUCGUCUGUGAGAAACCCCUCACAGUCAACGCUGCCCAGGCAAAGAUUCUGUACAAGACGGCGAGGGAGAACAACCUGUUCUUGCUCGACGCAGUGUGGACACGGUUCUUCCCGCUGAGCAUUCAGAUACGGGAGUCGAUCCAAAAAGGGGAAAUUGGCGAAGUCCUUCGCGUCAUAGCCGAUACGUCCUUCGGCAUACACCCUGAUAUUGCUCUGAAGGAAACUCCUCGGAAGCUCACUUAUGAACUUGCGGGUGGAGCUCUGCUGGAAAUUGGCAUUUACUCCCUUACCUGGGUGUUCCAGACACUUUAUCACACUCUACCACGAGAUCAACGCAAGCGCCCGUCGAGCAUCUUGUCCUACAUGAACAAAUAUGAGCCCACGGGCGUAGAUCAGACCACGACGUUGCUGAUAUCCUUUCCGACCUCGACCCCUUCCAACCUCCCCAACAGCUCUUCUCACGGUGUAGCAAUGACGGCCUUUGCUGUAGCUACCGACCCCGACCAGAAGAACAGUGCUGGCCCGGCGAUCCGUAUCCAGGGUACACGAGGCGAAAUUCAGGUUUACGGGCCUGCCUUCCAGCCUACCCGAUAUAAAGUGAUUCCGGCCAAGAAGGGGGAUUUGGCGACUACCAUCCGCGAUGUUGAGUUGCCCUUUCCGGCGAAUGGGCAUGGCAUGUUUUAUGAGGCAGAUGAAGCAGCGCGCUGCAUCCGAGAUGGUAAACUUGAAAGUGAGACCAUGCCUUGGGACGAAAGCAUCCUCGUCAUGGAAGUCAUGGACGAAGUCCGCAAGCAAGGUGAACUUAAAUAUCCGGACUCGAUUGAAUCAGAUGUUGUACAGCACUCGAAUAAGUAG